AUGCAUACAAGCUCAUCUUAUUUUCUAUACACCGAUUAUAAAAAUGUAGACAACAGAAAACACAAAUACGGCUUUUGUUAUCUUCCUGCUCAGCCUGGAUCAUGUAAAGGUUACUUCGUUCGCUUCUACUACAACUCGACUUUAAAUAACUGCCAGCAGUUUAUUUACGGUGGAUGCCAGGGCAAUGCCAACAGGUUUAAGACCAGAGAUGAAUGCCACAACACCUGUCUUGGUGAGUAG